AAAUUCUCAUUUUACAGUUUCACUAACUACCAUGGGGAAAGAAAAAAAAACAUGAAUUUCAAUGCUAGUAAACUUAAACAGUGAGCACCUGGAGGGUCUCCAGGGAAAGCACAGGCUGAUGCUGUAGACCAGGGAUCGGCGGUGUCUCUAGAAAUAGUAGCAGCGGGUUAGCUCCAGGUGACUAAACGAGGCUUCAGCUCAGCUCACAGCCUUUAUUAGUGCAACUUGCGAUGGUGAGGGAAUAACAAGAAGAAUACAAAUGGAAGUCGGAUGCCUCACAACAUUCAGCCAGUUGCCAUUCCGACACUGCAAAUGGAUAUAAACAAGCUGAACAUAACCUUGCUUCGGAUCUUCCGCCAAGGAGUGGCUGCAGCCUUGGGACUCUUACCCCAACAAGUGCACAUCAACCAUCUCAUUGAGAAGAAGCACCAUGUGGAGUUGUUUGUGUCCCCUGUAAACCGGAAACCAGGAGAGCCACAGGCCCUGCAGGCUGAGGAAGUGCUACGUUCGCUUAAUGUCGAUGUCUUGCAUCAGAGUUUACCACAGUUUGGAAUUACAGACAUCUCCCCUGAGAAAAAUGUUUUACAAGGGCAGCACGAAGCGGACAAAAUCUGGAGCAAAGAAGGAUUUUACGCUGUUGUCAUUUUUCUCAGCAUCUUUGUUAUUAUAGUAACCUGUUUGAUGAUUAUUUAUAGGUUAAAAGAACGAUUUCAGCUUUCCUUAAGACAAGAUAAAGAGAAAAACCAGGAGAUCCACCUAUCACCCAUUGCGUUACAGCCAGCACAGUCGGAGGCCAAGACAGCCCACAGCAUGGUCCAGCCUGAGCAGGCGCCAAAGGUGCUGAACGUUGUCGUGGACCCUCAAGGCCAAUGUGCUCCUGAGAUUAGAACCACCACCUCCUCCUCUGUCUGCCCUUCUCCCUUCAAAAUGAAACCCAUAGGACUUCAGGAGAGACGAGGGUCCAAUGUAUCUCUUACCCUGGACAUGAGCAGCUUGGGCAAUGUGGAACCCUUUGUGGCUGUCCAGACCCCCCGGGAGAAGAUAGCCAUGGAAUACCUGCAGUCAGCCAGCCGUGUUCUCACAAGGCCACAGCUGAGAGAUGUGGUAGCAACUUCCCACUUACUUCAAAGUGAAUUCAUGGAAAUACCAAUGAACUUUGUGGAUCCCAAAGAAAUUGAUAUUCCACGCCAUGGAACGAAAAAUCGUUAUAAGACCAUUUUGCCAAAUCCACUCAGCAGAGUGUGUUUAAGACCAAAAAAUAUCACCGAUGCGUUGAGUACUUACAUUAACGCUAAUUAUAUUCGGGGCUACAAUGGGAAGGAGAAGGCUUUCAUUGCCACACAGGGCCCCAUGAUCAACACUGUGAACGACUUCUGGCAGAUGGUUUGGCAGGAAGACAGCCCCGUGAUUGUUAUGAUCACAAAGCUCAAGGAGAAAAAUGAGAAAUGUGUGCUCUACUGGCCAGAAAAGAGAGGGAUUUAUGGCAAGGUUGAGGUUCUGGUCAUUGGUGUGAAUGAAUGUGACAACUACACCAUUCGAAACCUCAUCUUGAAGCAAGGAAGUCACACCCAGCAUGUGAAGCAUUACUGGUACACUUCAUGGCCUGAUCACAAGACUCCAGACAGUGCCCAGCCCCUUCUGCAGCUCAUGCUGGAUGUAGAAGAGGACAGACUUGCCUCUGAGGGUCGAGGGCCUGUGGUUGUCCACUGCAGUGCAGGGAUUGGGAGGACGGGGUGUUUCAUCGCUACAUCCAUUGGCUGUCAACAGUUGAAAGAAGAGGGAGUCGUGGACACACUAAGUAUUGUCUGCCAGCUUCGUGUAGACAGGGGUGGCAUGGUUCAAACCAGUGAACAGUAUGAAUUUGUGCACCAUGCCCUGUGCCUGUACGAGAGCAGACUUUCACCAGAAACUGUCCAGUGAUUCCGUGAAGAUUGAAAGAGUGUCAAUCUCAUGGGUGAUUAAUGAAAUCACCUACUUAUGGCUCCUAGAAGGAGCUUCCUGCAGUGGAUGAGGAAGCUUUAACGCCAACCUGCGGCAUGGACUGUGGAAGAUCUGGCAACAUAAGAGAUUGCCAACCCUUUGUGUAUAGGAAUGCAUCUGUAAGCAUCCCCCAAAUUAUUUUGAAGGUCCUUCCUAUGCUGAUGGAGGUAUGAUAAUUUCUCACACAGCCUAAGGUGGAUUUUGUUUUGUCGGUGUUGGUUAUCUGCCACACAGAAUCUAUGUGUGUAAUAUUCAGUGACUGUCAUUGUGACAGCAGGAGGGGCUGCUGAAGAUGUCACUAUCUUGUGUUUAGAUGCUUUAAUGUUUAUAAAGUCUGUCUUGUGAAUGGACUGUCAGCUGUUCAACUGUUCCAGUUUAAGUGCUAUUACCUAUCUCAGUUACCAGAAUCUUGCUGCUAAUGUUGCAAGUGAUUAAUAACAGAUUUUUAACAAAUACAUUUUUGUUUUUGAAAAAAAUCAAAUGCAGUAACUAUUUUAUAUGGAAAUGUGUCUUGAUAAUAUCUAUUAAAUGUGUAUUUAUAGUACCUCCUAUGGAUCAAUUACAGAGCACAAUGGCUGUCAUUGGAUACAUAUAUAUAUAUACAUAUAUGUGUGUGUAUAUAUAUUCUGUUAUUAGGCAUAGAGGUGGCUUCUGCUCCACAACUCUAACUACUAUAUUUCUACAUUGUGACUUGUUUUGCUUUAAAAAAGGGAUAAACAAAUUUAUAAUAACUAUAAAGUAUCAAUAAUUUUAAAUACUCAUCUCUCUUCUACUAAGAAGGGAUUUUUGAAUAUGCUGUUUACCUGGAAUCUCUCUCCCAAUAAAAGGCAGCUGCCGCCGGAGUUGCUCCAGCCUGUCUCAUUCCCAGAAGUCUUUCUAAAGAUGAUAUCAUGCACAUACUUGCAUUUCUAAAAGGUUUGAUUUCUCUAGAGACAAACGAAGUAAAAUAACUACACCCAGCAAACACGAGAUGUUCUGCUCAUAUAUGAAUUUUCGAUGCAGCAAAGCUGACUUUGUUUCAUACUACCAAUAAAUGGCUCUUAACACUAAA